AUGUUAAAGCAUAUCAUUACAAAUGAAGGACGAAACAAAUACCUAACUCCUCAAAUCCAAAAUGAAAUCAUAACGGCAUGUGGGGACAUUGUGCUGCGAAAAAUAGUUAAGGAUUUAAAUGCUUCAAAAUGUUUCUCAGUUUUAGUUGACGAGACUACUGAUAUUUCUACUAUUGAACAAAUGGCUAUGUGUGUUCGAUAUGUUGACGAUAACGAUUGUAUCCAUGAGAGAUUCCUGAAAUUUAUUACUAUUAACAGUUUAACUGGUUGUGAUUUAGCUGAAUCAAUACUCAACGGUCUGAAUAGUUGUGAAAUUAAUUUAGAUUACUUAUAUGGUCAAGGAUAUGAUGGUGCAAGCAACAUGUCUGGCCAAUAUAAAGGUGUUCAGGCAAUUAUCAAAAAAAAAUAUCCUAAAGCUAUGUAUGUGCACUGUGCAGCACACUCUCUGAACUUGGCAGUAUCAACUGCAAGUGGAAUUCAACCAAUCAGAAACUGCUUAGGUAUUAUCGAAAAGUACUAUGUUUUCUUUAAUACACCAAAACGCCAAAAUGUUCUUUUAACCAACAUUGAAAAUAGUAAUGAAGAUCCUAAGGUUAAAACUUUAAAAAGAUUAUGUGCUACACGAUGGGUGCAGCGUUAUGAUGCGGAGAUGUCAGUAAUUAUAGAUAUAGACUUGAGUACUAAAAGAAUAUCUAAACGACAAGUAAAUCGAGCAAAUCCAGAUCCCAAUUUAAGUGUUGAAGAAUACCACAAAGUGUCAGUAUUUAUACCCUACCUGGACUUUUUUAUACAACAACUAGGAGAAAGAUUUUCAAUCCAUUCUGAAAUUUUUAAAGGAUUUCAAAGUCUAUUUUCCUAUACAUUAACUUCUAAUGAGGAGGUAUCAUUUAGAAAAUUACUUGAAUUUUAUUCACCUUCUUUGGAUGUGAACAACUCAAUUGCAGAAUUGAAAUUGUGGAAGAUAAAACUUGAGCGAAUAAACAAUAUUCCGAAAACUGCAAUUGAAGCAUUACAUGUGUGUAAUGCCAAUAUUUAUCCAAAUGUGCAUUUUAUUUUAAAAAUACUAUGCACACUUCCUGUUUCGACAAGUACGCCUGAAAGAAUGUUUUCCAGUCUUAAAAGGAUAAAAACGUAUCAUCGAAACACUAUGUCCGAGAAAAGACUUAAUGGUCUGGCAAUGUUGGCAAUUCAUAAUGAUAUUAUAUUUUCAAAUGAAGAGGUCAUUGAUGAGCUUGCCAAAAAGCCUAGGAAUCUGGAUAUAAUAUUGUAA